AUGCACGAAUCCAAUUUGAAUGGGCUAAACCCUUUACUAACUGUUGUAGCGAUUCUUCUCGCGGGAUGCACAGUCGAGAACCUCAAUAGCAUAUGCCUAAUUACUCUCUCUUAUUCGCAAAAUCCAACAUUGUCUGUCCCGAAUGCAACUGCAAAAAGUCAUAGCACAUUGCAACCAUCACUAUUCACAGCCAUUGAUCAUGCAGGGCUGGAAGUUCGAGUCGGAUAUUUCAGUAUGUGCCUGAAGAAUCAAGACCAGUGGGUCUGCUCGCGCGACAUACAAACACUCGAAUCCUUUUUCAGGCGUACCCAACCUGGGGAGGCCCACGAUCCUUUACAAAUCCUUCGCGUUGGCGAAAAGUUCAAAUAUGAAGUCAUCUUCACAGGCCUAAUCUUUAUUUCAAUUGUUUUUAGUUUUAUAGCAUUCAUUCUCUUAGAAACCUUUCCUGCCUGGGCAGAAACUGAAGACCCUGAAGCAAGCGACAACGAACCAAAGCCUUUUCCUAGUAGACCUGUAUCAAUGAUUGUCUUAGUUUGUUUAUUCUUCUCAUCUCUUUGCUCCCUUCUUGCUGGAUUCUGGCAACACUUAUCAAGUUCCGCUGCAAUUGCGAUGGGUUCCGUUUUCAGCCAAGGAGCAGUGGAAGGGCAUGUCUGCGCUGGGGCCAUGGCACUCGGAUGGAUCUCGUUUUUUUUACUAACGCUUUCAUUCCUUAUGAUGCUCAUCAUGAUUUUAUCUAUCCGUGUGCUUUCGGAAAUGGUUAAUUAG